AUGCCGUUCCACGGCAGUACACUCAACGGCACCUUCUUCCGAAAAGUUGAGCUCCAAAUCGCAGCCGCGCUGUACCUCUACUGCAAGAACGCCGAUGACACGUACGCCGACUCGGAACUCAUUGGCGCCGUCAUCCUCGACAUGCGCAACAUCUCCGGUACACUGCCAUGUCAGGGCAUCGAAACGUUCCUCCGAGACAGCACCAACCCUCUACACCAGGAGGCUUGGCAAGAGGUUGUAGACAAUGAUCUUGAGUGGAGGGGAAAAGCAGGAGCGGCGUACUGGACUUGGAGGAACAAGAUGACGGAACUUGUGGCGCGGCUGGCGAGGGAGGGCAAAAUCGCUCGGACCGCUGCUGUUGCAGGUUAUGAUCAGUGUUUGAAGGAAAAUCCUACCGGGUCCGGUGGGCGCGAUGGGCAAGGUGGGCAUGGAGGGAUGGCAUAG